AGCCUGUUGUUGAUCUAUUGCUCAGUGAUCAGUUGGAAUAGGGUUUUUAUCUGAGUAAGAAGACCGAACUCAUCAGGCUUUUGUAUUUUCCCACAUCAAUCACAACAAGGAAAGCACCUCAUAGCAAAGCAAGUUCCUGAUCCCUCCCUCUCCCGUCCCAUCUCCAGGGGACUUCUUAUUGGUUCUGACACACCACACAGCUCUCUUUGACCCUAUGUAACCCUGGCUCCCUUCAUAAACAGCCUCAUUCGCAAACACACAUUCCCAUGAAGCCGCUGCGCCGCCCCUUCCUCUCUCUAUCUGGGGCCUGUCUCAUACUAGCCUGGCCAAGCACCUAGUGGUUACCCUGGAACUGGCCCUAUGAAGAAAGAGAAUCUCCUGCGAUGAAUGAGAUCCUUGUGAAGGAGCAGAUCAGUCUCUGUGUCUGUGUCUCUGCUGAGUCACUGCAAGCUGGAAGGAGCACUAGGCUAGCGGAGCAGACGACAGCAGAGCACCAUGACCUACCGGCUGUUUGAGGAGAAACACCAUGCCUCCAUCUACCAGAGGUACCGCUUUGUACCCCCAGAGGAGAUCAGAGACAUCAUCCUGCAUUACCUGGAAAGGAAGAAAGUCCAGCCUCAUGCCCUAGCUGUGGACCUGGGCUGUGGGACGGGGCAGAACUCACGCCUGAUGGCCCCACACUUCCAGGAAGUGGUGGGCAUUGACAUCAGCGAGUGCCAACUGGAGGAGGCCAGGGCAGUGACAGGGUUCAACAACAUCACCUACAGGAAAGGGACAGCUAAGGAGCUGCCGUUUCCGGAUGCUUCUGUGGACCUACUGACUGCAGCCUCAGCGGCCCAUUGGUUUGACCAGCAGCGGUUCCUCUUGGAGGCAGGCCGGGUCCUGAAGCCUUGCGGCUGCAUGGCUCUGCUUGGCUUUGCUGAUAACAACUGUAACAUUGGAUCAGAGAUAAAUACAAGUAUAUCAUCAGCAUAAAGUGAGAUUUUGUGUUUGAGAUGACCUCUUAUCACCUCUUUCACUACCUCACUGCUACGUAGAGCGCUGGCUAGUGGCUCCAUGGCUAUAGAAAAAAGGAGUGGAGACAUCGAACAGAACUUCCCAGUGGAACGUUGUAAAGGAAAAGUACUCAGAAAAGAAAGAUGCUGUUCAAUCUGAAGCCAGUGGAGAUUUGUAUAUUAUUUUAACCCAUGAAAUGAAUGCAUCUCCAAAACCAAAGCAUUUUAAUGCUUUGAUUAAAUAAUCCCCUUCUACGGUCAUGCUUUUUCUGCAUCCAUCAAAAUAAUUAUUUCUCUGUUUACAGAGGGUGGAGUAUAUAAAAUAUUAAACGGGUGUCUCAAAUUAAGAAAAUGGUGUCUGAUCGGGGUUGAUUUAUAGAAGUCUCAAGGCAAAGGGCUAGGGCUUUAGCUAAUAUUUUAGUCUACAUCGGAAGCGAGAGGCUUUUAGGAGGCACACUCGAGGGGGGAUCCUUAUGUUUUAGAAUGAUUUCUGUUGCGGCUUGGUAGAGAUUUCGUAUUAAAGGAGUGGGAGAAGGCUGAGGCUAAAAGCGGUAGCUGUUUAGCAAAUGUCUUAAAAAAUUCAGCUGAGAACCCAUCUGGUCCUAGUGCUUUGCUGUUCUUUAAAGACUGAGUUGAAACAUUUCUAAUGUGGUAAGUGGUUUUUCAAGAUCCAUUCUCACUUUGUUGUUUAGCUUUGGUAUUGGUAAAAUUCAGAGGAAAGCGUCUGUCAAUGGGGAAUCUCCAGUGUCUUCAGUGCAAUUAUAUGUGGUCCUUCUGUAGCUCAGUUGGUAGAGCAUGGCGCUUAUAACGCCAGGGUAGUGGGUUAGAUUCCCGGGACCACCCAUACGUAGAAUGUAUGCACAUAUGAUUAGCUUUGGAUAAAAGCGUCUGCUAAAUGGCAUAUAUUAUUAUUAUAACUUCAGACUCCAUUACGGCUCAUGUGGGGACAGACUUACUGACAUCUAUGAGGAGGUCACAAACAGAACUAAAAUUACAUUUGUUUUUAUGGUAACAAACCAAUGCCACUUCAUCGGUUUAGUGUGUCAUAUGUUUAUUUUCAGUGGGUUAUAAGUACAGUUGUUUUCAUGUAAAGAAUGCUUAUUUAUUCAGACGUGUAGAAUUGCAGGAAGUUAGCUGCAAAACAUCUCAUUUCUCUCAACACCUGUUAGAAAACCACUCACUGUGUCUUUGGCAUAAAAAUAAGUGUAAUUGUCUCGCUGAAAAUAAACCUCUAUCACAGGGUUAGGUUUUCAUAAGACUGAGGUGGGUUUUCCUUUAACUUUUUACCUGGGUUUUGCUCCUUUGAUAUAUUUUUUUAUCCUGAAAACUGAGGCGGCAGUAUCAUGUUAUGGGUAUGCUUGUCACAGAAGGGACUGGGGAACUUGUUAGGAUCAAAAGAUAUGUGAAUGGUGCAAUGCCAGGUAAAACCUUAGAGGAUAAGGUUGGUAGAAUCUUAUUCAAAAUUAUUCAUAGCUGUAAAGGGUAUGAAAGGUGCUUCGAUCCACCAAGUAUUGACUCUGGGGUGUGACUGAAGACAUAUGCAAUCAAUACAGCCUCAAUACAGUCAUUUGGAAAAUGUUCUAUAAUUUCUUUCACUUUCAAAAUGUGGAGUAGGUUGUGUAGAUCAAUAGAAAACAAUGAUCCUUUUUAGAUGUAAUUUUAAGGCAGCAAAAUGUGUGCAAGGGGUGUGUAGACUUUCACUAACGACUGUAUGCUAUCAAGCCAGUUGAAAACAUAAGAAUUGCAUUAUUGAAAUGUGACUUUAAGUGAAUAAUUACUCUUAAGAUCUCCCAUCGGCAAAGUUUUAAAUGAACAUAGACUUUCCUUCUGCAGAAAAUCCAUGAUUUUAUCCCGAUACCCACAAGCGCAGGAUCUGUCCACUCUCUCCGUCUGAAAGGAUCAUUGAUUGGGUGGUUUCUGACAAGACGUUUGGUGACAAUGUUGGUAGUAAACACUUUACUGCAACAAAAAAAUGCAUGGUUGACAUUUCAACUAGCCCUUUUAUGUACUUAUACAGUAAUUGUAAUGGCUUUCGUCGUCAGAUGAGGAAGAGUAGUCGGACCAAAGAACAGCGUGGUAAGUGUUCAUGUCUGUUUAUUGAACUGACCACUAAUACAAAAUACUAAAUGAAACCGAAACAGUCCCACAAGGUGCAAACACUAAACAGAAAAUAACUACCCACAAAACCCAUGUGGGAAAAAGCUACCUAAGUAGUAGGGUUCCCAAUCAGAGACAACGCUAGACAGCU